AUAUUUUUUAUAGUUUCGAUACAAAUUCGUUCGCCAGAGUUGCCCUUCGUCCUCCUCGAGCCGCGGUGAAGAACCCUAGAGAGAAGAGAAAGCUCCUUCAGCUGGUAAUGGCAAUGUUGUUGCAAGAUAGAUCAGGCCAGCUAUCGGAGAUCGGAUUUUGAUCAACCAUUUCGAUCAUAUUUCUUUCUCUGUUACUGUUUGCUAACGGAAGGAUCUAAGAUGGAUGACGAUGGAACACUGGGGAUUCAAAACUGGGGAGGUUUUUACCGGGCUCCGCCUUUGAAGGGAAAUCUAGGUCUGCAACUCAUGCCCAGUGUUGGGGAACGCGACACCAAGCCUUUCUUCUCCGGAAUGGGGAGCGGCGGCGGUUAUCUCCAGCGCGAAUGUGAAGUGACGGGGCCAUCCGCCAUGCCGAUGGGGUUUGCAAGGAACAUUUGGUAUCAUAAUAACAGAGACAGCAGUAAGUUGCUGCAUGUUUUCCAUGGAAGCCAUCAGGAACCAUCUCACAGUUAUGGAGCUCUUUUACCAGAAACCGCUGCCGCUACUGUGCCUGGAACCGCUGUGCAUACCCUGCAGAUGCUGCAGCAGGUUGAAGUGCCCAUGAAGGAGGAGAGGAUCCCGGCCAUUGAGGAGCCAAGUGCUCCUCAACAAGAGGCAGCGUGUUUGAAUAAGAGGUCGAAGGGUCAGGGGCGCUCUUCCAAGGUUUCAAAACCUAAAAAGGCUAAGAAGGCUGCUACCCCGAAGCAAGAGUCUUCCAAUCCUUUUGGGAGAGGGAGGUCUGCUAAGAAGACAAUGGAUAUGGUGAUUAAUGGAAUUGAUCUAGAUUUAUCUGGGAUGCCUGCACCUGUCUGUACCUGCACUGGACGCCCGCAGCAGUGCUAUAGAUGGGGUGCCGGUGGGUGGCAGUCGGCUUGUUGCACCACAAUCAUUUCAAUAUAUCCAUUGCCAAUGAGCACGAAGAGGAGAGGAGCUCGCAUUGCAGGGAGGAAGAUGAGUCAAGGUGCCUUCAAGAAGGUGUUGGAGAAACUAGCUGGGGAAGGUCAAGAUUUUAGUAGCCCGAUUGACUUGAAGCCUUUCUGGGCCAAGCAUGGCACUAACAAGUUUGUGACAAUCAGGUAAAAGAUGUAAAGUGCUUAUCAGAUAUGGUAGGAUUCAUCUUCACCGUGGGAAUGUUCUUUUUGCUGUGCAUAUAAACAUGCAGCCCGUUGCUGAAACUGUUGUAUUAGGUUGUUGAACUUGAUUUUAUUUAAUUAGUGAUAUAUGUAUGCAUUUCGAAGGUAGGAUUCUGGUUAGCUGGACAUGGUGGUUGUUUUAUGUCUCUUAAU